CUGCUUCAAACAUAUAAAUACAGCCAGAUUCACUACUGUCAAGUCAAUCCAGAACAUAGAAAUCAUGAUGAAAACUUUACCGAAUUUAGUUGUUGUGGUUUUGGCUAUCUGUACAAUUUGCGAAGGAAAUGUUCAACCCGUUGCUUUCUCUGCAAGAAUGUUUGCAAUGGGUACAACUUCUCCAUCUCAAAAGUCAGUUCCCUACACAAUAGAAAUGACCGACACAGCAGGCGCCUACUCCAAUCAUAGGUUUACGGCGCCAUCUCCGGGUGUCUACUUCUUUACUUGGAGCGUGACGUCACUUCCUGAUAAUCCUGUCGACACGGUUCUCAUGAAGAACGUUACCAUUAUUGGCAAGUUAUCUUGUCACAGCUUCUCAAAAGCUGAUAAGAGAAACACGUGUAGCCAGUCAACUGUUGUACAACUGAAUUCUGGCGAUGUGGUUUGGGUCAAAGCUACAGCCCCGAUUGGGUUGCUAAGCAGGAAUUAUUGGCCAACGUUUUCUGGAUUCAAACUGUAA